CUAUUCAGGCUUUCAGGUAGUUUCAAACUUGUCAACUUCCUCUUUUCUCUCCACCGCCUUUCGUUUUAUUUCUAUUUAUUCUUCCCAAAAACAUCCCACCGUUUUUCCAUUUUUAUUCCAUUUUUUCUCUCCUCGCUCCUUUCUCAAUCUAAAUUUUUAUCAUCUUGCUAAUCCUUAAAAUGGCUGAAUCUAAAACCACCAUGGAAUCUGUUAGACACUGGGUUGUAGAACAUAAGCUUCGUACUGUCGGAUGCUUAUGGUUGAGCGGGAUUGCUGGAUCCGUCGCUUAUAAUUGGUCUCGUCCUCAAAUGAAAACCAGCGUUAGGCUCAUCCACGCUAGGUUACACGCUCAGGCUCUUACACUGGCUGCCUUAGCUGGAGCUGCUGUAGUUGAAUACUAUGAUCACAAAAGCUCGCAAACUAAGGAAGAUCCUUAUGCUAAGUUUGUUCCUUUAGAUAGCUCGCCCAAAAAUUAAGUUUAGUCGAUCAUAUACUGCGAUCUUCUUGAACAAGUUAAAAAAUGUUCUUUCAAAACAUACAUUUGGGGCACUGAUUUUCUGUCCUUUGUGUAGUUAUUAGGAUGCUGUUGCUAUUAUUUUAUUUCAUUCUCAAACUUUAACUCUUGCAGAGUAUAUACAUUGUGGAAGUUGAUAGUCUGGCUCUGUAAUAUGCUACAUUCCUACUGAUAAUAAUGAGCUAAUUUUGGUGAAAGUUUGAAA